ACUAGUACUAUUUUAACUAAAGCUUUAAUAAGGGAGCACGUAUUAAGUACAGUAAUUAUUUAAAUUGUGUUGCCCAAUUUAAGAAGAUCUGACAAUGAAGCAGCUGCAGCUUCAAUUCUUGAGCCACUAAUGUCCUAGGAGGGAAGAGGGUGCAAACUCAGAACAAACACAAAUAAAGGAAAAGUGAAAAAGAAGGCUCUUAUUUUCACACCAUUCUUUGUCAGAAAAACACACACACACACACACACACCUAGUCCAUAGAUUCAGACCCAGAACCCAGAAAAAAAGACAAGUUUUUUGAGUAAAUUCAAGAAUGGUGUUGGUAACUGAAGAAGUGAUCAAGCAGUUGCAAACCUUAAUGGAUGAAAUUGCUGAGCCACUUCAGAAGACUUACCAGAAUGUACAUCAGGGGUACCGAACCGAGACACUGGUGAGGUUUCUCAAAGCUAGGGAUGGCAGUGUCUCUAAAGCACACAAGAUGCUUGUUGACUGUUUAAAUUGGAGGAUAGACAACGAGAUUGAUCAGAUACUUGCAAAGCCAAUAUUACCCACUGAUUUGUACAGAGCAGUGAGGGAUACUCAGCUUGUGGGGAUGUCUGGAUAUUCAAGAGACGGUCUUCCUGUCGUAGCUGUUGGUGUAGGGCUCAGCACAUAUGACAAAGCGUCGAUUCACUACUAUAUUCAGUCACAUAUCCAAAUGAAUGAAUACCGCGACCGUGUAAUAUUGCCUUCUGCAUCAAAGAAAUUUGGGCGGUAUAUUGGGACCUGUAUAAAGGUUUUGGACAUGACUAGUCUAAAGCUUUCUGCACUGAACCAAAUUAAGCUCUUAACUGCUAUAUCUACCAUCGAUGACUUAAAUUAUCCUGAGAAGACAGAGACGUAUUACAUUGUGAAUGCUCCAUACAUUUUUUCAGCAUGCUGGAAGGUUGUGAGACCUCUUUUACAAGAACGAACCAAAAAGAAAGUCCAAGUGCUCUCAGGCUCGGGAAAAGAUGAACUUUUGAAGAUAAUGGAUUAUGCAUCUCUGCCACAUUUCUGUAAAAGAGAAGGCUCGGGUUCAUCUAAGCAUUCUAGAAAUGGUACAAAUGAUAAUUGUUUCUCGUUGGAUCAUGCCUUUCAUCAGCAGCUCUAUGAUUAUAUUAAGCAGCAAGCUGAAGCAUUGGAGGCUGUUGCACCAAGCAAAGAAGGGUCUGUCCAUGUGACCUUACCUGAGCCAGAUCCAGACGAUGCGAAGAUUGCUGAAACAAUAGAAUCUGAAUUUCAGAGGAUCAGGAAGAAAAAUGGAAUUUGUCAAUCAUUUCAUGAAAUUAAGAUCAAUGGUGAUUGAAGCAGAAUGGAAAUGGAUUUGCAUUUUGGCUGAUUCACUGUAGUCUUGGUUAUUGCUUAUUCUGAAUCCGGCUUUUACAUGAGGAGAGGAUUUAAGUAAGCAUUGUAAUACUAAUGGCUUGCAUCAUCUCGAUGCAGGAUUUAGAUAGAACCUAAGUUGUAACAUGGCAUUACUACCUUGGAGUGGACUAUAUGGAUGGUACGCUUAAAGAAUCCCACGAGGAAUUUUACGCGCAUUUUGCUUAAUUGAUCUGCUGCUUUCAAGAUUCCUGAAUCUUCUCAAGAUAGAAUAAACUUUCUUCUGGUUGAAGGACUGUAAAGGAAGGGGAGAAAAAGGAGAAACUAUGAUAAAAUAAAAAGGGCCAAAGGAACUUUUCCUA